UCUCUCUUUUUUUUAACCUUUACUCUAUCUUCACUGGUUGAACUUUGGCCAGCCAGGUUUAUUUAUAAACCAUUCCAAGCGAAUUACACUUCUAAGCAUUUCAGCAAGCAAGAUACUUUUUUUUCACCUCUGUUUACCGCAAGAAACCUUCCUGAAAGGAGAAGAAGCCCCAAAUGGCCAAAGACGAAACCCAGAAAGAUUCCAUCAGAAUGAGUCUGAAGGGACACACUAACAAUGGAUUUGUGCAAAACGAGCCAGUUACGGAGAGAGAAACCGACUCGGGCAAUCAGACAGACGCACCGAAGACAAACGCCAUCGACGUCCAUCCCCAAGAGCCCGACCCUACGAUGAUCAAGCCGUACGCAGGGAUGCCCAAGGAAGUCCUGCUUCUGUACUCAGGCCAGGCGCGGUACAGACUCACCCGAGAGAUCCUCUUCUGGCUCAUCGUUGCUUCUGUGCUGGUGCUCAUCAGUUCUACCAUCGCCAUCAUUGUCCUGUCUCCAAAGUGUCUCGACUGGUGGCAAGCCAGUCCCAUAUACCAGAUCUACCCACGUUCUUUUAAGGACAGCAACCGGGAUGGCAACGGUGAUCUGAAAG